CAAAAUUGAUGAUUGCUUGUCGCUGCGCGGAAUAAAGCAUGUCAGGCAUAAUUAAUGCGUGUCGGUAAUUAUCCUUGCCAGCGGAAGGCACGACGGGUAAAGUGCGAACAAACAACCAUACGGUAUUACCAUCGCAAUAGUUCGUUCUAUUGAUGUUUUUCUAAUGACAGACAGCGGGUGUUUUUCACACCUUCGCACAUUUGAAAAGAUUUGAUAGUGACAAUAAUGCUACUUUGCUUUAUGCACAUUCCUUUAUUAAUUUUUUAAAACAGUAACAUACAACAAAAUGUUUUGUAAAAUAUCGAAACAUUAAAAUCAUGAACAACGAUUAAUUGAUAUUUACCUCCUUUCCCGAUUUUCCGUUGCCGUGAGUAGCGUCCCUUUUGUAAAAAAGUAAACACUCAUGUUUGUUUUCAAUUUAUUUAUCAAUAAAUCAUUUUAAAGUAAACAUUCAAUAUAUUUCUGCGUGUGUUAACUUGCGUGAUUUUACCUAUGUCAGUUGUUCUCUUCGGUGACGCAGUACAGAUACUUACUAUUACCGCGUUCUUCCCUGGUCCGAUAUUUUCGACCUGAAAUGGACUUGGAAAAAAACAGAUGAAAUUCUAAUAGCAUAGAAAGGACGCAGGCAAUUUUUAAGACGAGAAUUGGGGGUAAAAAAGUGCGUCCUAUGCAUGAUAUAAUACGGUAGGAGGGAUUUACAACUACGUCAUUGCUUUCUGCUAUGUGUACCACGUGAUACACAAUUUCCAGGAAGGUAGUACAAAGAAAUGUAAACAAUGGUUACUUCUGAUAAGGUUUUUGCAGUAACAUUUACUGGAAAUGAUCUUCCUGGUGCAAAGUUUCUCUCAGAAUUUAGUUGUUGAAUUAAGUAAUGGACACAGUGCUGUUGAGGUUUAACUUCAUCGGAUAAAAGACCAGAACUAAUUAACAGAAAGAUUAACCACAUCAUGGCUCACUACAAGGGAGCAGCAUCAGAGGGGGGAAGGGCGCAGAUCUUGAUAAAGAAACGUCAGAAAGAGCAGGAGGAACUAGAACAGAGGAAGAAGAAGAUUGAAGAAGACUUGAAUGUUGGCAGCAUCCAAAAUAAGUUUGCAAGCCACUACGAUGCUAUAGAGCAGCAGCUCAAAUCUAACACCGUUGGACUCGUGACUCUAACGGAGAUGAGGGCCAAGCAGGAGGAUGUGAUUAAAGCUCGUGAGAAACAGCUUGCUAAGAAGGAUGCAGAAGCCAGGCUUAUUGAAAAACAAAGAAAGGACAGAAAACAAAAUGAGAAGAAACAGAUUGCAGCCCUGUCAUUUGAUCCGUAUGAAGAUGAAGAGGAUGAAGAAGAAGAGGAGGAGGAGGAGGAGGUACCUGUUCCUGCCAAGAAGAAAAGACUUGGAAUGAAUCCUGAUGUGGACACAAGCUUCCUGCCAGACAAAGACAGGGAGGAGGAGGAAAACAGGCUCAGAGAGCAGAUUGCCCAGGAAUGGAGAAAGAAACAAGAGACCAUUAAGAAUGAGGAGAUUGAAAUAACCUAUAGUUACUGGGAUGGGUCAGGACAUCGGCGUCAAGUCCGGAUGAAGAAAGGAAAUACCAUGCAGCAGUUCCUACAUAAAUCUUUGGAGACACUCCGCAAAGAGUUUAAUGACCUUAAAGCCGUUACUGUUGACCAACUGAUGUAUGUGAAGGAAGAUUUGAUCAUUCCCCAUCAUUAUUCAUUCUACGAUUUCAUUGUCACUAAGGCGCGUGGAAAGAGUGGGCCACUGUUCAAUUUUAAUGUGAAAGAUGAUAUCAGGAUAACAAACGAUGCUUCUGUAGAGAAGGAGGAAUCCCAUGCGGGGAAAGUUUGUGUUCGCUCGUGGUAUGAAAGAAACAAGCACAUUUUCCCUGCCAGUCGCUGGGAGCCUUAUGACCCAGAGAAAAAGUGGGACUCAUAUUCUGUGUCAGACAAAAAUGCUGCAAAGAUUACCGUAAAGUGAAUAACAUACUAUUGUAUAUCCAGUUGCUCCAACUUUACAGAAAAAGUAGGACAUGAUUGUGUUCUUUGUCAGAUAAAUGUUGCUAAAAUACAUGUUAAAAUGUUGUUACAUGAAAUAUGUAUACAGUUGUGUUGCUACUUACAUUUAUACCCUUGCAAAAAAUAUUGUUUGGUUGGAUGGAGCAAACUACUUACAUACUUUAGAGAGGUUGUUCUGAAAAUGGUAACACAUGAUUGGCAUUAAGUGUUGUUGUGACUAAGAUAUUUUACCUCAUUGUGGCAAAUUUAUUCAAUAUUGAUGUGUUCUUGAAAUUAAAUAUACAUUCAUGGCUA